CACUGCCCGGUGUAAACAUUGCGUCACCGGUCCUCCUUGAGAGAUCGUCGUGACCAGUCCAGGGCACCUUACUAGAUCACGUGAAGAAGAGCGUGCCCAGUGCCCAGUUUAUGGCAAUACCGGUCCAUCAUAACCAAGGUUACGCUCUUCGUGAUUGGUUCCUGUAAACUUUAAGUAUGGUAGUGAGGGUCCUUUCCAUACAGUCACAUGUUGUGUCGGGGUAUGUUGGAAACAAGAGUGCUUGCUUUCCAUUGCAGGUGCUUGGGUUUGAAGUUGACACCAUAAACUCAGUGCAAUUUUCAAAUCAUACUGGUUAUGAGUGCUUCAGAGGCCAAGUGCUUAAUGAUAUGGAACUAGAGGAUUUAGUGGAGGGCCUGAAGCGGAAUAAGCUUGACAGAUACACACAUUUGUUAACUGGAUAUAUUGGCUCUGCAUCAUUCCUGCACAAAGUAAAGAGUGUGGUGGAACAUUUGAAGUCUGUCAAUCCUGGCCUUAUCUAUGUUUGUGAUCCUGUUAUGGGCGAUAAUGGGAAGAUGUAUGUACCAGAGGAAUUACUGCCAUUGUACAGAGAACAUAUUAUACCAAUAGCAGAUAUUGUUACUCCCAAUCAGUUUGAAGCAGAGAUUCUGAGUGGUCUAAAAAUUUCAAAUGAGGGCGAUGCAGUCAAAGCCAUGGAGUGGUUUCACCAGCAAGGGGUGAAUACAGUUGUAUUUUCAAGCACUGACUUAGGAAAUGACAAGGAAUUAAUGGGAAUGGCUUCUUCAACUUCCAAUGGCACAGGAACAAAGUUGCAGAUUCGUAUCCCUCGGCUUCCGGUGAACUUUACUGGAACGGGAGAUUUAUUUGCUGCUCUACUUCUAGCUUGGAUGCAUCAUAGUAAAAAUGACCUUCAGGUUUCAAUCGAAAAUACAGUGGGUUCCAUGCAAGCUAUCCUGCACCGUACUUUCAAGUUUGCACAGGCUGAGGAAGGAGGAAGUACUUCCUUAUCUCCUAAGAGCUUGGAGCUAAAGCUCGUACAGAGUAUUGAAGAUAUACAGAAGCCAGAACGUAAAGUAAAGGCUGUUAAAUUUUAGUAACUAUAGUUUAUAUUUUGUUGAUAUAUAUUUUCCUAUAGUGCUAUUUAGUAUAUUCAGAACCAAAGUGAAACACUCAUUAUCAAGAUGGUUGACAUCUGAAUGCCUAGUUGAUGCUAAAGUUAAUUCUGCCAGACACUAUUGUUAUGUAAUGAUGUAAAUUAAUCCAGUUUGGGAGGAUUUUAUUGUUGCAAAUUUUUUUUUGCAUUGAGGUACUUUUUAAUGACCUUACAUUUGUGCAAUGCUUAUAUUUUUUCCUUUAGGUUAACAAAUGUAUAUACAGUCAAUAACAACUUAUCAGUCUUCUGUCAGUGCAAGUGACAUUUGACUAAGUAAGCAUAUUCUGAUCAAAUCUUUGACAAAAACCUUACUUUGGUUUUCACUUUUUAUUUUAAACCUAAUUUCCUCAUUCUGAGGUUAAAUUUUUACAUAUUUUGCUCUGCUCUGUGACAGUGAUUUGAUUUUACAAGAAAAGGUGACUGAUGCUCCUCAUUGGUGGUAUAUAAGAGAACUUGAGUAACUUGGGAACUUGCAGAAUACCUUUGGCAGUAAGGGUACUAAUUAUCAAACAGUAGGGUUUUUAUCAACUGGUUAUAAUUCAGAUUAGACAAGAGCUGAAUAUCAAAGAAAGAAUCUUCAUUCUAUGAUCUCUUGAUAAAUUAUGAUGUUAAACUGUGUACUUUUACUAGUUUCUUACACAUGAAAAGUUCCUUAUGCAGCUAAAUUGUUAGUAAAAAAUUCAUUGAUGCAAUUUAUUCAUAUAGUUACAUAAAAUUAUGGCAUAUUAUGAAUUUGUUCAUCUGUAUAGUGUUAUUUUUCCAUCUAUUCCAUGUAUGUUUAGUUGCAAUAUGUGAUAUUCAUUAAGCGUAAAUAUUUGGCAGAAUUCCACACUGUCAUAACUAGGAUGUUUAAAGUAAGCCGAUAGUGUGUAUUGGUGGUCUUGUAGCUAAUAGCUGUGCAAUCCACCAAUAAUGUGUCUUCCAUUACCAGUGUUAGAAUAUAAAUAGAUGUUAUUUGUUGUCUAAGUCUUAAUAAUUUUACAACUGUAUUAAGAAUCUUAGGUCCAAGACAUUAUCCCCCCAAUUCCUUUAAACAUUUUAUGAAAGUAGUGUUAGGCUGUCAUACUGAUGCUUAGAUCCUACUGAUAUAUCUCUAUUGAAUAUGACCAAACUUGAAGUAUAAUAUUACUUGCAACUGGAAAUCAGGGAAUACAUUCAUUUUACAACUGCAGUUAUACGUAGUUUCAUAUCAAUGUAGGUUAAUAAUAAUUAUAAUGAUCAGUUUAUUGUUGGUGAAAUCAUUAGUCAGGGAAUAUUUUUGUUCAGAUAAAUAAUUUUGUGCUCUUUUAAUUUUUGUUGGUGCUGAUUUUUUAUAUACUGUAUAUUUACAUAUUUCUUUAGUAAAAUUUUGUGUAUGAAGGAUAGUUUUAUAUGAUCAUACGACAAACAGGCAUGAUUUUCUGUAUGCUUAUCGUUCACUGUUUGAUUGGUAACUGUUUGUAUAUAAAUCACUCAAUCCACAACCAGUCUAUAUUUAUGAAACAAAAUUGAUUUGGAAUUCGCAACAUUUAAUUCUUCUAUCUAAAUUCUGUUCAGUCUUUUAAAGUAUUUGAUAAGUUACAAAUCUAUUGUCUUUCCCAAGUUCAUAAAAAAUAAUUUUGAAGCCUCUAUAGGGAAUUAAAAUAAUGGAUUAUUUGGGCUUACAUACUGUUAUGUUGUAAUGCAAGAAUGAUUGGUUACUGCA